AUGCGCGAGCUCGGCCGCGGGGGUUCACUCGUAGCGGCCACGAUAGCCGCGUUGCACAGUCGAUCGGCAGUCGAUGUGAAACUUUUUUCAAUCAAUUCACGAUCGACCAUCGAAGAGGACAGAAAUGGUUCUCAACCAUCAAAAGAGACUGAGACCGAGGAAGCUUGUUCUCGACGGGUAUCCGAAGUAAGCGAACGUCCCUUAUCGACAGCAUCGGAAACAUCGGAACGCGAUUCGGUCUCCGUUCAUUCUAGCGAGGAACCACCCCCACAAGAGAGCGGCGAUUCGGAUAGCCCUGAUGAGACAACAGUAAAGUGUUCGACAUGGACGGAACGAGCUGGAAUCCCGGCGAGAGGGAAAUCUUCUGACUCCGAUAGCUCUACGGAGGAAGAUUCCGAUGAACAUGAAUAUGAAACAGGUGGCUGUGACGCUGAUUAUCGGACGCUAACACCACAUCAACGUUUGGACAACACGACACUUCGCGAUAACGAUUUUACGUGGAUGCCGAGCGGUGACACAAUGAAUGACACAGUCGAGUCAAACAUAGUGGGCUCAAAUGUAGUCGAUUUUUCUGCAACGAGCUUAGACCGGAGACGGCGAACGCCGAGUGAUCGUAGUGACCGUGACAGAAAAACAAGGUCAUCGUUGUCAGCAAAACCUCCCCAACAUCCCAGUAGUGUGCGUGCGUCACCGCGGUCUCGCCGCUCUCCUAGAAAUGAAGAAAGCCCGCCCGAUUCUCAGCGUCGUUGGAAUUCAUAUGAACAUUUCCGUUACCCUGAAGGGGGGUGGUGGCCACCGCCAAUGUGUUGGUGUCACGGGCCCCCAGUUCCUCCACCGUGUUACAUGCACGAACGAACGUGGCCCUCACAUCCUUCUUUAUCAGUAGCCGAUGUAACUUUUAACCUGACUUUUCAGAACGAUGCAGAAGAUCGCGUGCGGCGCUUGGAGGCAGAUAAGGAGAGCUUACAGCUUCAAGUGCAAGUGUUGUCAGAACAGAUCGCGGCUCAGACCGAGAAGAUGGCGGAUUUGGAGCGAUCAUUGUACGACACGAGGCAGAGGCUAGACGACACCGAGCAAAAACUGCAGAAGGAAAUGCUACAGCGGUCGUCCCUAGAGACUCAAAAGUUGGAGCUCCUGUCGAAAUUGAGUGAGGUUCGUUUGCGAGUCGCCGAACGAAGCCUCGUAGAGCGCUCACCUCCUCCAGAGAUGACGCCUAUCGUGCGCCCUGCUCCACCUAGGACCCCGCCGGCGAACUACGGGCGUCAGAUUGAGCGCAACACGCACAUGUACUCAUCGCUGCCUCGUUCAUCGGUGCUCAGUUCGGAGGCGCGCGUCGCGUUCGGUAAACACAACAUGGUGGUGGCGCGCGGCCGCGGACAAUCGGUGCCCAACCUAGCUGAAAAAGAAGAGACGAUACCUCGAGGCAGCCCUUCGCCCUCACUGCGUGAAGUUCGAUCUCGACUGGGUAGUGGGAGUGUGAGGCUUGAAGGAGAUGAGCUCACACGCUCUUCAUUGAGAGCCUCCGUACCUAGGCAGCGACCGCAGACUAUGCCGUGGCAGACGACAGACGUGCGACAGUGGGAUUGCGAAAUGACAUGCGGCUGGCUAGAGUCGCUGGGGCUGGAGGCCUACGUUCCGGCGGCAAGGGCCUGGCUGGGGGACACGAGGGGAGCCCUCGCUGCAGCUCCGUCAGCCGUCUUCGAGCGAGAGCUCGGACUGAGGCACCCACUGCAUAAGAAGAAAAUCGUGCUUGCCCUUGCUGACCUCAUGGGUGGGCACGGCGACCCGCUGCUGACGGCGGCGGGGCGGCUGGACGGCGCGUGGGCGCUGCGCUGGCUGGAGGACGUGGGCGUGGGAGGCGCGCGAGCGGCCGCGGCGGACGGCGCGCUGGAUGGCCGUCUGCUGCACCGCCUUACGCACGCCGAGCUGCACGCGCACCUGCGCGUCGCCACCGCGCUGCACGCGCUCUCCAUACGUAGAGGUAUCCAGGUACUCCGUGACAACAAAUUCAACCCCGAAACGAUGAUCCGACGCGCGCCUGAAGAACCAGGCGAGGAACGCGAUGAAGGCAGCGAACUGGCGCGCUGGUCCUCGCACCGCGUCAUGCAGUGGCUUAAAGAGAUCGACCUCGCCGAGUACGCGCCUAAUCUACGCGGCGCCGGUGUCCAUGGCGGAUUGAUGUUGCUGGAACCUCGAUUUACGGCAGAGCUACUUGCAGCGCUACUCAAUAUCCCUGCCAAUAAGACCUUGCUGCGACGACAUCUCACACAGAGGUUUAACGAUUUGCUUGGAAGAGACGUGAUACAGCAAAAACGAAACGCUGAACAAACACUGGGGUAUCAACCACUUACAGCUACUACCAAAUAUAAGGUACCAAAGAAGAGCCAGUUCUCGUUGAAGCGCAAGAAGAGCAAAGACGACCUCGACCUCGGCGACCUCGUGUGUCCUCUGAACGACGACUGCUCAGGUGACCUUAUGGCCUCACCCACGAUGAAAGUAAAGUCAGCAACAGCGGGCGUCGCGUCGGCUGUCUGUCCCCCGCGCGAUGACUCAAGGACACAUUAGUGUUAGUUUUUAAUUAACCGAGCUACGACGCUUCUUGGACGUAUUUAUCACUAGGCAAUGGCCUAUACUACGCCAUACUAAGCCUAUGCUAUGCUGUAAUCUAACCGGAAUGCUUCAAGACAAAAUUCUAAUCUUGAUUUUAAAUAAAACCUAAAUUCUAAAUUUCUUAA